AUGGCCGACUUGCAGGGUCGCAAGAUCUUCAAGGUCUUCAACCAGGACUUUAUCGUCGAUGAGCGCUACAAUGUCACCAAGGAGCUGGGUCAGGGCGCAUACGGCAUUGUUUGCGCCGCGACAAAUGCUCACACCGGUGAGGGUGUCGCCAUCAAGAAGGUCACCAACGUUUUCAGCAAGAAGAUCCUCGCCAAGCGCGCUUUGAGAGAGAUCAAGCUGCUCCAGCACUUCAGAGGUCACCGCAACAUCACUUGCUUGUAUGACAUGGACAUUCCCCGCCCGGACAACUUCAACGAAACGUACCUGUACGAGGAAUUGAUGGAGUGCGAUUUGGCCGCUAUCAUUCGCUCCGGGCAACCCCUCACCGACGCCCAUUUCCAAUCCUUCAUUUACCAAAUCCUCUGCGGUCUCAAAUACAUCCAUUCGGCCAACGUUCUGCACCGUGAUUUGAAGCCCGGAAACCUUCUCGUCAACGCCGAUUGCGAGCUGAAGAUUUGCGAUUUCGGUUUGGCCCGUGGUUUCUCCAUCGACCCGGAGGAGAAUGCAGGAUACAUGACGGAAUAUGUCGCCACAAGAUGGUACCGUGCGCCGGAAAUCAUGCUGAGCUUCCAGAGCUACACGAAAGCCAUCGAUGUUUGGUCCGUGGGUUGCAUUCUGGCCGAGCUGCUGGGUGGCCGGCCCUUCUUCAAGGGCCGUGACUAUGUCGACCAGCUUAACCAGAUUCUCCACUAUUUGGGUACUCCUAACGAGGAGACUCUGAGCCGCAUCGGCUCACCUCGUGCGCAGGAGUACGUUCGCAACUUGCCGUUCAUGCCCAAGAUCCCCUUCCAGCGCCUGUUCCCCAACGCCAACCCCGAUGCUCUCGACCUGCUCGAUCGCAUGCUUGCGUUCGACCCGACGUCGCGUAUCUCGGUUGAGGAGGCCCUUGAGCAUCCUUACUUGCACAUCUGGCACGACGCCUCGGAUGAGCCCACCUGCCCGACGACCUUUGACUUCCACUUUGAGGUGGUGGAGGACGUGCAGGAGAUGCGCCACAUGAUCUACGACGAGGUAGUGCGCUUCCGGGCUCUGGUCCGGCAGCAGUCGCAGGCGCAGGCCGCCGCGCAGCAGCAGCAGAUUGCCCAGCAGACCAACGUGCCCAUCCCCGACAACCAACAAGGCGGAUGGAAGACGGAGGAACCGAAGCCCCAGGAAGCGCUCGCCGCAGGCGGUGGCCACCACAACGAUCUGGAAUCGUCGCUGCAGCGGGGCAUGGAUGUGCAGUAG